CAGCCAGCCGUUAUAAGUCGGACCAUGGAAAACUAUUCCUAACACACAAUCAAUGUUGGAGCGACGGCUUUAAGUGCGCGCAUGCGCUUUAGACGGGAAAUGAAUGUGACAGACGGAGGAGGGGGCCGCAUUAUCUGACAUUCUGCGCGAGCGACGCGAGGAAGAGAGAGGAAGGAACGAAGAAAGAUUUUUAAAAAAAGACGGGACAAGGGACAAUUAGCGUUAUAAAUAAAUUUCCUACUGUGAGCAGCUGGUAUAAGAGCAGCAGCACCAAAUAACAAAAAAAAUAUAUAAUAAAAAUAAGCAACAACAUAGAAUAAGACAAAGUGCGUCCAUAUUCACACCCGGGUUCUGUGAAGACGCUCAACGCUCGCUGAGGACGCCGUGGGACCAUGGCGACGGUGACCAGCGCCGAAGCAAACCCGCAACCUCGGGUGUAUUUUCAAACACCAUCCGGAACCGACGAUUCCGACGUUCCAGUUCGGAAGCAGGGCCGCGUGACCGUUAAAUACGACCGCAAGGAGCUGAGGAAGAGACUGAACCUGGAGGAGUGGAUCAUAGAUCAACUGACGGAUCUGUACGACUGCGAGGAGGAGGCCAUUCCAGAGCUGGAGAUCGAUGUGGAUGAGCUCUUGGACAUGCCCAGCGACAAGGAGCGAGCCAUCAGGGUGAAGGACCUGCUGGUGGACUGCUACAAGCCCACGGACGGUUUUGUGGCUGCGCUGCUGGAGAAGGUGCGAGGCAUGCAGAAACUCAACACCCCUCCAAAGAAGAUAGACCUCACCCCUUAAUCUCUGACCCCUGAAUCUGCCCCCUAAACCCAAACACCCCCCCCCCAAAGAAGAUAGAGCUCAUCCCUUAAUCCCCGACCCCUGAAUCUCUGCCCCCAAAAACCCAAACACUCCCCAAAGAAGAUAGAGCUCACCCCUUCAUCCCUGACCCCUGAAUCUGACCCUUAACCCAAACACUCCCCCCAAAGAAGAUAGAGCUCACUCCUUAAUCCCUGACCCCUGAAUCUGACCCUUAACCCAAACACUCCCCCCCCAAAGAAGAUAGAGCUCACCACUUAAUCCCUGACCCCUGAAUCUGACCCUUAACCCCAACUCCCCCCAAAGUAGAGCUUAACCCUUAAUCUCUGACCCCUGACCCCCUACCUCUUAACUGCCAACCCCAAUGCCAUAACCCCUGACCCCAUACAACCCGGCCCUUGUAAACCCUGACUGAAUAACCCCUGACCAGGUAACCCCUGAUCCCUGGACCAAUGCAGUCCUUAACCUGUAAACCUGGCCUCCUUAACCUCUGACCCAAAACCCCUGAACCAUCGACCCCUUAAACACCAACCUCUUAACACUAAACCCUGAACCCUUAAUCGCGUAACCCCAACUCCUCACCCCUUAACCCCAUCCCUUCUGCAAAAUGUGCAAUCCCACAAUCCCUGCAUGGUGCUGAGGGGGCAGGGGGGGGGGGGGGACCCCAGCGUUCAGACCUCCUCUUCAGGGGACUCUUCAGUGUGACGGACGUGUUGUUUGAGUACCAUUCCGCACUGUGCAGCCACAGCAUUUACACAGCGAGUACGUACUGAGUACACAUGACUGAGUAGCCAUAGUGAGUACACAGUGAGUGUAUAGUAAGAUGUGAGUACACAGUGAGUACGUAGUGAGUACACAGGACUGAGUAGCCAUAGUGAGUACGUAAAGAGUAAACUGAGUACAUAGGAGUGAGUAGACAGAGAGUACACAGUGAGUACACACACAGGACUAAGUAGCCAUAGUGAGUAAUCAGUAGUACAUACUAGCAGAGAAUGCUGUGUAUGUAGGGGGUACACAGUGCUGAGUAGCUCUAGUGAAUAGAUAGUGAGUUAACACUGAGUACAUACUGAGUACAUAGUAGGCAGUGAGUGCACACUAAGUACGUGGUGAGAAAGCACUAAGUACACAGAAAACUGUGAUUAACGAGUACAUUGGGAGUAAACUGAGUAUAUAGUGAGUAAGCAUUGACCACACAGUGAGUAUGUAGUGAAUACACACUGAGUACACAAAGUAUGUAGUCUGAGGACACAGUGCCACACACACACACACACACACACAGAUCAGACGAUGACGGAAAGGAACAGGCCUUUUAUAAUCCUACCAUUGCUACUCCAGAACUUCAGUACUCCAGCACUUGCAGUUUGAUAGUGUAGUACAGGAAUUCCAAACCCUGGUCCUGGAGAGCCACAGGGUCCGCUGGGGUCCCCAAACCCUGAUCCUGGAGAGUGCUGGGGUCCCCAACCCUGGUCCUGGAGAGUGCUGGGGUCCCCAAACCCUGGUCCGGGAGGGCUGCAGGGUUUUUUCUGUUUUCACCUCAAAAUCCCAAACCAGUGCAGAUCCGAUAAGCAGGUGAGAUCAGACUAAUCAGGUGCUUUAAUGAUCAGCUGUGCUGAGGCUUUCCAGGUGUAGGGGACCCCAGGUUUAGAGUAAGGUCUGAUGUUAUGAACAUGUGAUUAGCUUAAUUAUUCAAAUCUUAAUACGUUUUAUAGGGGGGUGGGGGGUGUUAUCCAGUGAUCACAGUUGGGUCUGUCGACUGCCACAUGGUCUCAGAAACACCCCAAAUACCCCCCCACCCCCGUUUCUGAACAGUAAAGCUGCAGGCACUGCUCUCCCUCCCCCCCCCCCCCUUUUUACUUUUUAAAGAUGUAAAUGAUAAUUAAUAUUCCAAAAUGUGAGCAGGUUUCCUUUUUUUUGUAAAGCAAAAAAACAGUAAGACUUCUUUUUAGCAUUUCAACCAAUUUUUUUAUUGUUUUUUCUUUUUUUUGUAAUCGGGUGGUGAGGAUGGAUUGAGCUGGUUUUUAAUACUCUUUGUAAGAGUAUAUAAAAUAAAGUAAUUUUGCUAACUAAGUGUUCAGCUUUGAUUCUAAUCAUGUGCAUACCGUUAGAAAUGCAAGUAUAAAUAAUGUGUUUAAAAGUCGUUUUGCUAGUUUCUUACGCGAACUCCGCUAGCUCUUGUGUUAAAAUACCACUGCGGCUCUUUAAUAGCUGCACAGUAACUCCACACUGCGACGCAGGAGCCUCAGCAGCGUGCAGCACAGCAGCACCGUGCUACACUCAGAACCCUGUGCCUGUGUGGUGCUCAUAGCACAGGUUCACAGGCAAUACUGUGCUCUCACACAGUGACUAUUUAUAAUACUCUGAAUGCACUACAUACCUUACAGACCACACACACACAUACACACACGUACACAUAUAUACACAGGCACACAUACACACAUACACACACGCCACCUCACAACCAAACAAUACAAACACACUUCUCACACGCACACACCCUGCAUCCAAACACUUCAGCAUUACUACUGGACCCAAACAUUGCUCAUAUCCCAAACUCAAACUCUACAUCUCAGAAUCCUGCAACCCUGUCCAGCUGAGUACACUAAGCACGAAUACCCAACACCACCCAAAACCUGGACUCUAGCACCAUCUCCUUCCAAACACCUCCACCCCCCAAUACAACACCCAAUACCAAGACCCACUCAACCUUCCCAAAUCCACCCAGCACCAUCACCCUCUCAACACCAACACACACCUCCACUCUCCCAACACCAUCCCCAAUCCACUUCAACCCCCACCCACUACCUUCAACACUACCCAACACCAUCCCCAAUCCACUUCAACCCCCACCCACUACCUUCAACACUACCCAACACCAUCCCCAAUCCACUUCAACCCCCACCCACUACCUCCAACACUACCCAACACCAUCCCCAAUCCACUUCAACCCCCACCCACUACCUCCAACACUACCCAACACCAUCCCCAAUCCACUUCAACCUCCAACACUACCCAACACCAUCCCCAAUCCACUUCAACCCCCACCCACUACCUCCAACACUACCCAACACCAUCCCCAAUCCACUUCAACCCCCACCCACUACCUCCAACACUACCCAACACCAUCCUCCCACCCCACGCAACACCGCUGGUGGUGGCUGGCCUGCAUGGUGCCCCAGCAGUUUAGGGAAGUUUUGGGUCCUACUGCCUCCCUACUCUCCACAUGUUUAAAUCCCGCCCCCCACCCCCACCGUUGCCUUAGACUUUUGCGUUACACAGACCAAAUGAAAAGAUUUCCAGGAUUUUUUUACUGUUUUUUUAUUUUAAAGCCAGGAGCAGAGAGGAGGGUGUGCGGGUGGAGGGGGGUGCGGGUGGAGGGGGGUGCGGGUGGAGGGGGGGUGCGAUCAGUGCUGGUGGACUCUCCCAGCUUGUUUUUCUACGCAGACGCUGUACUGUACAGACGGAUCUCCCAGCCAGACUUCCUUAGGUGCAAACGAUAACCGAGUCACAUGACUGUAUUUCCAUGUGUCAGUCAGAUAGUGAUGUUAUACCCUCAUUUUCCUCAUUUUUUAAAAUUGCACAACUGCAAAAAAGAAACAAAAAGAAACUGCAAACCGUAGAGAUGCCAUUUAGCGAGUGAUCAAAUUUUGUUUGAAAAAAUCUUUUUAAAAGGUUAUGUAGCAAUAUUUACUGUACCGUUUUGCCAAUUUUGUUAUACUUUUAUGCAAAUUUAAUAAUAAAAAAUUCAAAUUUACAAAA